GUGGGUGCGAGGGCAAGCAGGAAUGAACAACAAAAGAGCGCUUCUGUUCCUACAAACCUUUAACAGUUGCUCUUAUAACUGCUUUAUAUUCGUCUUCACUUAACAUACGGAAUUUAAGGACUCAAGAUGGCUACCUCUUUGAGCUCCAAACUGAACAAAGCUGUGAAGCAGCAGUACAUGGACCUACCUCAGGGGGAGAAGGUCCAAGCCAUGUACAUCUGGAUCGACGGGUCUGGAGAGGGUCUGCGUUGCAAGACCAAAACUCUGGACUCUGAACCCAAGACGAUAGAGGACCUGCCCGAGUGGAACUUUGAUGGGUCCAGUACGUAUCAGUCCGAGGGGUCCAACAGUGACAUGUACCUCAUCCCAGCGGCCAUGUUUAGAGACCCAUUCAGGAAGGACCCCAACAAACUCGUGCUGUGCGAGGUGCUCAAGUACAACCGGAAACCUGCAGAGACCAACCUGCGACACAUGUGUAAAAAGAUCAUGAGCAUGGUGGACACUCAGCAUCCCUGGUUUGGGAUGGAGCAGGAGUACACUCUUUUAGGUGUGGAUGGUCACCCUUUUGGCUGGCCCUCCAAUGGUUUCCCUGGCCCACAAGGUCCUUAUUAUUGUGGAGUGGGAGCAGACAAGGCGUAUGGCAGGGACGUUGUAGAAGCACAUUACAGGGCUUGUUUAUACGCUGGUGUACAGAUUUGUGGAACCAACGCAGAAGUCAUGCCCGCUCAGUGGGAGUUCCAAGUAGGUCCAUGUGAAGGCAUCAAUAUGGGGGACCACUUGUGGAUAGCCCGGUUCAUCUUGCACAGAGUUUGUGAAGACUUCGGUGUGGUGGCUUCCUUUGACCCCAAACCUAUCACUGGAAACUGGAACGGUGCAGGCUGCCACACAAAUUUCAGCACAAAAGAGAUGAGAGAAGAUGGCGGGCUCAAAAUCAUCGAGGACUCCAUUGAACGCCUCUCCAGGAGACACAUGUACCAUAUUCGAGCCUACGACCCCAAAGGAGGCCUGGACAAUGCUCGCCGCCUCACAGGACACCACGAAACCUCCAACAUCGAUGAGUUUUCCGCUGGCGUAGCUAAUCGGGGAGCUAGCAUACGAAUCCCACGUGCCGUAGGCCAGGACAAGAAGGGCUACUUUGAAGACCGCCGCCCCUCCGCUAACUGCGACCCCUACAUUGUAACUGAAGCUCUUGUACGCACAUGUUUACUCUUGGAAGAAGGAGAGGAGCCUACAGAGCACAAGUGAAGAGGCUUAAAAUGCCUUCGAAAGUACUGUAUAUUUGCCAUGUCUUUUUCAAGACUUUGAUUAUGACUUUUGUACUUGAUGAUUCGGCAUGUUGUGGGCCAUGUACUCUUAUAUGCAAAAAUACUUUACCUCUUCCUCAACACUGCCUUUGAUAUUUCAUUAUUGUAGAUCUAUAGAUGGUAUUAUUGAUUGUGCUGUUAAUGUGUACUAAUGAGCUUGACUGUCACCAAAGAAUCACUUGGCAUCUGAAUGUUUUCUGUUUUGAUCUUGGAUGUUGUCACUCCAAAACUAAUUACUUUUGUACUUUUUUUUUUGUUUGUUUUUUUUAUUUUAAUGGUGCAUGACUUUCCUGAGAUUUAAUGUCACUUGAAGAAUAUGGUUUAAUAAACAAUUAACAUUUUUA